CCCCAGCUCUUACGAAUUUUUCGGGCAGUCAAUCCAGCUUCUACAAAUCGUGUCAGUUGUCGCCGAACACGGCUAUUCAUAUCAUCGAAACAUAAUAUACAAUGUCAGCCUUAAUGAAGUCGUAAUACCCCAACAAACUAAUGGAUAUAUUAUCCCUCGACGAACGAUUACGAUACCAGCUGUUCCGCCUACAUGCGUUAAAGGGAAUGACGUUGUCUCAAUAAAAUAUGAAAUUCAGUGCUCUUUCAAAACUCCAUCUUUGUAUCGAGAUCUUGUUGCAAUCAUACCAAUAACCAUUGCAACUUACCCACACGAUGUAUCUGAGGUGUUUCGAAGCAUGAAACUAUUGCCCCCACAUGGAAGCAAAAUACGAAGACGACCGAGCUCAGAUUUGGAUUCGGACGAGUUUUCUAAAACGCUAGAAAUUGUAUCGCCUCAGAGAUCAGUCGAUGUUUUACACGCAACGACAAGCAAUCACGAAGAUGGCCACAGCUUAUGUAGCGACAGUGAUCAAAUGGGAGAAGUAAAUUUUGCGUUUCGGAAUUAUGAUGGCAUCGACCCAGCAGUCAAAAAGAGAAAAGAACUUCCAAGGUGCCUUUAUUAUAAAAGGGAGGCGGACGGAUGGUCGGUUUAUCAUGUUCGUAACCGAUCCAACUAUGAAAGCAACAUUUCACCUCGAUUUUACAACAACUUGUGA